ACUUCGGAGCGGCCGGCCGGGCCAUGGGGGCGUCCCCAGGCCGGAUCACGUAGCCGCGGCGCCCCCGGAGAGCCCUCGUGGCCCCGAAGCGACGGCCCAGCCCUUCCUGCGUCCCGGCCAUGGGCAGCCGCGGCGCCCCCCUGUGUGCGGCGCAACCCGCGGUGGCAGAGGGCGGCCCGGCCCGCGAGCCGCUGCAGCUGCUGGAGGUGCCCCCCCGCAAGAGGCUGACAGCCGGGCCCGAGCAGGACCCAUGCGGCAGCCGCCCUGCGCCCGAGGGCGCCGGGGCGGGCGCGGAGCAGGGCCACUCCGCCGGUGGAGGCGGCUGGUGCCGCCACUGCCACACGAAGCUCGCCGAGCUCAAGAGACAGGCGUGGAAGCUGGUCGGCGGGCCCGGGACACCCCUCCGGGACCCGUGCCUCUCCGCUCUGCUUCUUGACGAGCUGCCUGCGUGUCGCCCGGAGGCUGAGCGCCGCUGUGACGUCUGUACCACGCACCUGACCCAGCUCACACGGGAGGCCCUGCGGCUGCUGCAGGCGCCCGCCAGCCGCGAGGACCCUGACGCCCCCCAUGGAGGCCCUGGACUCAUGCCCCCCAGCCCCGGCGCCGCCACCAGCCCGAGGGAUGGACCGGCGCCGGUGGGCCCGGUGGGGCGGCAGCUGGGCCGAGCGGGGCCAGACAGGAGGAAGGGGCUGGGCUGGCCGUCCGGGCCCAGCGUCCAGGUGUCGGUGGCACCCGCUGGCCUGGGCGGGGCACUGAGCACGGUCACCAUCCAGGCCCAGCAGUGCCUAGAGGGCAUGUGGAGCGUCUCGAGGGUCAACAGCUUCCUGCCACCGACGUGCCUGGCUGAAGCAGCGGUGGCCGCGGUGGCGGUGGCAGACACGGUCCGGGACGGCCCCCCUUCCGCGGGCCCUGAUGGCGCGUCGAAGACGUGGAGCCGCGGCGGGGCCUGCACAACGGCCCUGGUCACCCCAGCCCCGGGCACCCCAGCGGGGGCCUCCACGGGCCCAUCAGCCGCAGCCUCCUUCUUCCUCAGGGCUGCCCAGAAGCUCAGCCUGGCCUCCAAGCGCAAGAAGCCCCACCCGCCGCCGGCCCCCGCCGCCCGCGGAGCCUCCACCUACCCCACAGACUUCAGUGGGGUCCUGCAGCUGUGGCCGCCCCCUGUGCCCCCCUGCCUGCUCAGGACCACCUCCAAGGCCAAGGACAACCCCAGCAGUGUCGGAAAGGUGAAGGUCACGCUGCGGAUCUGGCCUGCGCAGGGGGCCCGGCGCUCGGCCGAGUCCACGUCCUUCCUGAAGGUGGACCCGAGGAAGAAGCAGGUGACCCUCUAUGACCCGGCCACAGGGCCCCCAGGCAGCACGGGCCCCCGACACGCCACCACGGCUGCCGUUCCCAAGAUGUUUGCCUUCGAUGCCGUCUUCCCCCAGGACUCGGAGCAGGCCGAGGUCUGCUCGGGGACAGUGGCCGACGUGCUCCAGUCGGUGGUCAGCGGGGCCGAUGGCUGCAUUUUUUCCUUCGGCCACACGAGCCUUGGCAAGUCCUACACCAUGAUCGGGAAGGACAGCUCGCCCCAGAGCCUGGGCAUCGUGCCCUGCGCCAUCUCCUGGCUCUUCAGGCUCAUUGACGAGCGCAAGGAGAGGGUGGGCGCCCGCUUCUCCGUCCGCGUCUCGGCCGUGGAGGUGUGCGGCCGGGACCAGAGCCUGCGGGACCUGCUGGCCGAGGUGGCCUCCAGCAGCCUGCAGGAUGCCCAGUCCCCGGGGGUGCACCUGCGGGAGGACCCCGUCUGCGGGGCGCAGCUCCAGAACCAGAGCGAGCUGCGGGCGCCCACGGCUGAGAAGGCGGCCUUCUACCUGGACGCGGCGCUGGCUGCGCGCAGCACCAGCCGGGCCGGCGGCGGCGAGGACGCCCUGGGCAGCUCGCACAUGCUCUUCACGCUGCACGUGUACCAGUACCGUGUGGAGAAGUGCGGCAGGGGUGGAAUGUCUGGAGGGCGCAGCCGCCUGCACCUCAUCGACUUCGGCAGCUGUGAGGGGGCACCCGGUAGGGGUGGGGAGGCCCCCGGGGGCCCGCCAUAUCUGUCCUUGUCGGCCUUGGGCAGCGUCAUCUUGGCCCUGGUCAGCGGAGCCAAGCACGUGCCCUACAGGGAGCACAGGCUCACCAUGCUGCUGCGGGAGACCCUGGCCACCGCCAACUGCCGCACCACCAUGAUCGCCCACGUCUCCGAUGCGCCUGCCCGCCACGCCGAGACGCUGAGCACCGUGCAGCUGGCCGCCCACCUCCACCGCCUGCGUAGGAAGAAGGUUAAGUACGCGUCCAGCUCCUCGGGGGGGGACAGCUCCUGCGAGGAAGGCCGUGCCCGCCGCCCCCCGCGCCUGCGACCCUUCCACCCGCGCUCGGCAGCCCCAGACCCCGAGCGCCUGGCCGCCAGCUCGCCCGGCGACCCCGACUACUCGUCCAGCAGCGAGCAGUCCGGCGACACCGUCAUCUACGUGGGGCCGGGGGGGGCGGCGCUGUCGGACCGCGAGCUCACGGACAGCGAGGGCCCCCCCGACUUUGUGCCCAUCAUCCCCUCCCUGAGCCGCCGCCGCCCCUCCCGGGGCCCGCGUGAUGCUGACCACUUCCGCUGCAGCACCUUCGCGGAGCUGCAGGAGCGGCUGGAGUGCAUCCACGGCAGCGAGGGCCCCCAGGGAGGCCCGGCGGGCGCCAGCGGAGCCCAGGCGAGCCCGGCCCGCGGGGGCAGGAAGCCCUCGCUGCCCGAGGCCGCGGCCCCCAGGAAAGCCGUGGGCUCCCCACUGGCCGCCAGCACGCCUCGCGGCAGCCCCGGCCCGGAUACCCACCGGGGGGCCCCGGAGCCCUCCAAGGCUGGUGGUGACCAGAGAGAGGACGGCAGUGCCAGGCCUGAGCUGCCUGUGCCGGAUAAGGCCGCGGGGGGCAGAGGCAGGAGGCCGCUGCCCAGCCCGGCCCCCCCGCUGCCUCGGCAGCCGGAAGCUGGCGGGGCCGCAGAGGAGCCUGGGGGAGCCGACGGUGUGGGUGUGGUGCGGACACCCCCCGUGGGCAGGAGUGGGCAGGAGGGCUGCCCCCGCCCAUCCGCACGCGGCCGCCGUCUGGAGCGGGGCCUGCUGACCACCACGGUGACCUUGCAGCAGCCCGUGGAGCUCAAUGGCGAGGACGAGCUGGUGUUCACGCUGGUGGAGGAGCUGUCCCUGGGGGGGCUGGCUGGCCCCGGGCGCCCCUCCAGCCUGGCCAGCCUCAGCAGCAACUGCUCCCUGCAGGCCCUGGCCUCGGGUUCGAGGCCAGUCAGCAUCAUCAGCAGCAUUAACGACGAGUUCGACGCGUGCACCUCGCAGGCCCCCGGGGCGGCCCUGGGCGGGGCGGCCCUGGACGGUGGGGCCCUGGACGGGGCGGCCCUGGACGGUGUGGCCCUGGACGGGGCGGCCGGGGCUGGCGGCAGCCGCGGCUCCUCCAUCAGCUCGUGGCUCAGCCAGGUCAGCGUGUGCGCGGCCGACAGCCCCGGCCCCGCCCCGCGGCCUCCCUCGCGGGCCAGCCCAGACCCCUCCGGCCCCGACUCGCCCGCGGGGCCUGACCCUCUGGGCUCCCCGACCCUGGACGGCCCCUUGGAGGACGGCAGCUUUCAGUUCUCAGAGCGUGACAGACCCGACAGUCCCGGCCCCGCCCAGAGGCCUUGUCCCACGGAGGAGGCCACGGCAGCUGCCAGCCGACCUGGCCGGGAGCCCCACGCCGCGUCUCCACGGGGGGCCGCCCCGGCACAAACUAUCCACUCCAGCCUUCCCCGCAAACCGAGGACUACCUCAGCGGCCAGUCGUGUGGGCUGCCCCCGCCUGGCCCCGGGCCCGCCUGGCCCCGGAGGCCUCGAGGACCCUUGGCUGCUCCGGGCGGACGAAUGUGGCCCGCUGCCCCUGGCCUCUGCCAGCAGGGGCCCCAGCCUGGCCCCGAUGCUGGCUUGUGCCCGGAGGGUGGUGGACGGCUGUGAGGUGGGCAGGGCAGCCCACAGGCCAGAGGCCGUGGCUCAGAUCCCACCGCUGCGGAGGGGGGCCACCACGCUGGGUGUGACCACGCCCUCCACAUCCUUCGGGGACGCCUCGGCCGAGGCAGCGGCCUGCCCGGGCAGCCCAAAGGCCGCCUCCAGCAGCAAGAAGAGUGUGGCCUCCAAAGGGGACCUCUGCCCGAGGCCUGGCGGGGUGGCCCCCCCGGCCCCGCCGGUGCGCAAGUCCAGCCUGGAGCACAAGAACAGCCCAGCGCCGGCCCCUCCCCAGGCCGGCAGCCUGGCCUGGGCCGGGGCUGCUGCCUUCCUCCGAGGGGAGGGGGAGGCCAGGCCGGGCGGCCGGGCCGACCACUCCAUCCCCAGGGCCACGUCCAGCCUGAAGGCCCGGGCUGGCAAGGCAGAGGCGGGGUGCCGUCCCGCCACUCACGGGUCUCUGGAGCGGUGCGAGGGCCUGGCGCACGGCAGCAGCAAGGCCAGGGAAGGCCCCGGGAGGCCGGCCCGGGCCGUGCCCAGGUUGGGUGUGCCGCCUGCCAGCCCCACGCCUGGGCCCGCUCCUGCCUGUAGGAGCAGCCCGGCCAAGGGCGUGGGGGCCCCCAAGCCCCCCACCAGCGGGGGCAAGGGCCGCAGCCCGGCGGCAGGCGGGUCCAGGGCUCUGGGUGCUUCGGUGAAGCCGCUGGCCCCUGCGGCGGGCAGGACCCCUGGGGGCCCGGUGACGGGCCCCAGGGUCGCCCCGCGAGCAGUGCCUUGCGUUGGGGCCAAGGCCAGCCGGGGCACCAUCAUGGGCACCAAGCAGGCGCUCCGGGCCGCCCACAGCCGUGUCAAUGAGCUGGCAGCCGGCGGAGGCCACGGCCGAAGUGGCCCCUUGUGGGGCUCGGCCGACUCGGACAGCGGCAACGACAGCGGCGUGAACGUGUCCGAGGAGCGGCCGCCCGUGGGCCCGGUGCUGCCCUCUCCGUACAGCAAGGUGACGGCCCCGCGGCGGCCGCAGCGCUACAGCAGCGGCCACGGCAGCGACAACAGCAGCGUGCUGAGCGGGGAGCUUCCGCCCGCCAUGGGCCGCACGGCCCUCUUCUACCACAGCGGCGGCAGCAGCGGCUACGAGAGCAUGAUGCGCGACAGCGAGGCCACCGGCAGCGCCUCCUCGGCCCCCGACUCCAUGAGCGACAGCGGGGCUGCGUCCCCGGGCGCCCGCUCCCGCAGCCUCAAGUCCCCCAAGAAGAGAGCCACAGGUCUGCAGCGGCGACGGCUGAUCCCGGCCCCGCUGCCCGAUGCCGCUGCCCUGGGCCGCAAGCCCAGCCUCCCCGGCCAGUGGGUGGACCUGCCGCUGCCCCUGGCUGGCUCGCUGAAGGAACCCUUCGAGAUCAAGGUGUACGAGAUUGAUGACGUGGAGCGCCUGCAGCGGCACCGCCUGCCCCCGGGGGAGGACCCGGCCGAGCCCUCCCAGAAUGCAGAGAAGGGCCCGGUGUGCGUCAGUGCGAAGUUGCGGCUGGCCGAGCGUAGGCAGCAGCGGCUGCAGGAGGUGUGGGCCAAGCGUGAGACGCUCCGCGAGGAGCUGGCUGAGACCCAGGGCCGUCUGAUGGUGGAGCCCGGCCGCUGGCUGGAGCAGUUCGAGGUGGACCCGGAGCUGGAGCCCGAGUCGGCCGAGUACCUGGCGGCCCUGGAGCGCGCCACGGCCGCCCUGGAGCAGUGCGUGAAUCUGUGCAAGGCCCGCGUCAUGAUGGUCACCUGCUUCGACAUCAGCGCCGCCACCGCUGCCCCGGGGCCGCAGGAGGUGGACGUCUGAGGCUGGGCACUGGGACAC